AUGUUUGAAAACCUCUGCACGCUACCGCUCCGCGCGGAUGUGUUCGCGACCGCAUUGCAUCCCUCCGAGCCACUGCUUACCGUUGGUCUCUCGAAUGGCCAUGUGCAGACGUUUCGCCUGCCGCCUAGCUCCUCUGAUGAGAGUGCGGACGGAGAUACCAGCAUGCUGAGCGAUGGGAAAGGUUACCUGGAAACAACAUGGGAAACUAAGCGGCAUAAGGGAAGCUGUCGCUGUUUGGCUUACUCGCAUGAUGGCCGCGCCAUGUACUCGGCCGGCACGGAUGCCAUUGUCAAGCACUUUGACUCUGAGAACGGCAAGGUCAUAUCUAAAAUGGUCAUCCCGACCACAACCAAAAACGCCGAUGCGCCGACAUUGUUACACGUACUAAACCCCCAAAGCUUGCUGCUGGGAACCGACUCUGGCGCGCUACACAUUAUCGAUCUUCGCGAUGGCCGCCCUGGCAAGAAGCCGGCGCAGACGCACUUCCCCCACGCCGACUACGUAUCGUCUGUCACACCGCUGCCGCCGACCGAGGAGAGCACCAGCGGCUUCUCCAAACAAUGGGUCAGCACGGGAGGGACGACUUUGGCUGUCACAGAUGUCCGUCGCGGCGUUCUCGUCCGAAGCGAGGACCAAGAGGAUGAACUCCUGGGUGCCUGCUUCGUGCACGGGCUGGGGCCGAAGAAGAUGAGGGGCAACGGAAUUAUGGCCAUUGGGUCUGGCUCGGGCAUUCUGACGCUGUGGGACAAGGGUGCCUGGGACGAUCAGCAAGAACGAAUUAUUGUUGACGGGGGUAAAGGUGGAGGCGAGAGCAUCGACUGCGUCGUCGCCAUUCCCAAGGAGCUCGGCCUAGGACAAAAGGUUGUAUGCGGUGUCGGUGAUGGCAGUCUGCGUGUGGUGAAUCUCGUUACUCGCGAGGUUGAUCGCUCUAUCAACCUGAGACAUGACGAUCUCGACGCCGUGGUCUCGCUGUCGUUUGAUUGCGAGAACCGACUCAUAAGUGCUGGCGGCCGCACUGUCAAGGUAUGGGAGGAGCUGUCAGAGCUGCAGUCAAGCAAGAACGAAGAGGAGGAAGAUGAUGACGAUGAUGAAGACGAGGAAGAAGAUGAUAAUGAACACGAGGUGGAGGCGGAUGGCAAGGCUGAAAGCUCCAAAAGGGCGGCUGAAAGCGACAGCGAGGAUGACGAUGACAGCGACGACGAGGACGCUGUUGCAGAGAUGAAGCAACGGGCGAAACGGCGCAAGGAGGCGAAAAACAGCAAGCUCGGGCCCAUGGGUGCGCACGGCAUCAUGGGCUUCAGCGGACUUGACUAA